UGGAUCCACCACUAUAUAAGAAGACGAUAGAGCGAAGCUUGAGAUGAAGAGUAGAGUCAUUCUCAGCCAUAGAGAGAGAAGAGAUAACAUUAACAACAACAGAGACAGCUUCUGUAAUUAUACACAGAUUGAUACCAUGGAGAGAAAGCCCUUUGAGGUUGAGACGACGACAACGACGACGGCGACGGAGGAUCACAAACCCUACUCCGCCGUCGAUGGUGGUGGUUCUGAUUUGACAUCGACGGUCGAUUCAUUUGACGACGAGCAGAAAAAGCUCGUUUAUAGAGGCUGGAAAGUCAUGCCUUUUAUCAUUGGUAAUGAAACAUUUGAGAAGAUUGGCAUCAUUGGGACAUUAUCAAACCUUCUUGUCUACCUAACUCAAGUAUUCAACCUCAAGAGUGUUACAGCUGCAACAAUCAUCAAUGCCUUUAGUGGCACAAUCAAUUUCGGGACUUUCGUCGCUGCUUUUCUCUGCGACACUUACUUUGGUCGCUACAAGACUCUCAGUGUUGCUGUCAUCGCUUGUUUCCUGGGAUCGUUUGUGAUACUAAUGACUGCUGCAGUUCCUGGAUUGCACCCGACUCCUUGUGGAACAAAAAGCUUUUGCCAAGGCCCAAGUGGUGGCCAGAUUGCGUUUCUGCUGAUGGGUUUAGCGCUUCUUGUGGUAGGAGCAGGUGGGAUCAGGCCGUGUAACUUGGCGUUUGGAGCUGAUCAGUUUAACCCCAAAUCCGAAUCAGGAAAGAAAGGAAUCAACAGUUUCUUCAACUGGUAUUUCUUCACUUUCACGUUCGCUCAGAUCAUCUCGCUCACGCUGGUUGUGUAUAUCCAGUCGAAUGUGAGCUGGACGAUCGGUUUGAGUAUACCGGUUGGUCUAAUGUUCUUGGCGUGUGUGAUUUUCUUCGCUGGUGAUAAGUUGUAUGUAAAAGUGAAAGCCUCUGGUAGUCCUUUGGCUAGUAUCGGUCAUGUUAUAGUAGCAGCGAUCAAGAAACGAGGAUUGAAGCCAGUUAAGCAGCCUUGGCUCGAACUUUACAACCACAUUCCUAUUAACUAUCCAAAUACUACACUAAAAUACACUGACCAGUUUAGAUUUCUAGACAAAGCAGCGAUUAUGACCCCUGAGGACAAGUUGAAAUCCGAUGGAGCUGCUUCUGAUCCAUGGAAGCUAUGUACGAUGCAGCACGUGGAAGAAGUGAAAUGCAUCGUGAGAGUGAUUCCGAUCUGGUUUGCUUGCGCCAUUUACUACCUAGCAAUAAGUAUGCAAAUGACUUAUCCGGUCUUCCAAGCCUUCCAGGGUGACCGGAGAUUAGGUUCCGGCGGCUUCAAGAUUCCCGCAGCCACCUAUGUAGUGUUCUUGAUGACCGGUAUGACUGUUUUCAUCAUCUUCUACGACCGUGUCCUUGUCCCGUCACUGAGAAGAGUGACCAGGCUAGACACUGGUAUAACACUCUUACAGAGAAUCGGAGCUGGCAUUUUCUUUGCUGUGUUGAGUUUGUUGGUCUCGGCGUUCAUAGAGGAACGUAGAAGAAACUUUGCGCUGACGAGACCUACACUAGGGAUUGAGCCACGAAGGGGAGAGAUCUCGUCCAUGUCGGCUAUGUGGCUGAUUCCGCAGCUCUUGCUUGCAGGGGUAGCAGAAGCUUUUGCAGCUAUUGGACAAAUGGAGUUUUACUACAAGCAGUUUCCUGAAAACAUGAAGAGCUUUGCUGGUUCCAUCUUCUAUGUUGGGGCAGGUGUUUCGAGCUACCUUUCUAGCUUCUUGAUCUCGACUGUUCAUCGAAUGACUGAACAUUCGCCUUCCGGGAAUUGGUUAGCUGAGGAUCUGAACAAAGGGAAAUUGGAUUACUUUUAUUUCAUGCUCACUGGACUCAUGGUCGUUAACAUGGUUUACUUCUUGUUAGUGGCUAAAUGGUAUAGAUACAAAGGAAGUAAUGAUGAAGACAAACCUGUGAUUGAGACCAAUGAAGAAGAGAAGAAGCAGCAUCAGCAACUAGACAAGAACUCUGUCUGAUCUCGAAACUUUAUUGUAUUUUGGUCUUCUUCUUCAGUCUCUCUCCUCUUUGUUGUUGUACUCUUAUAGAUGAGAUGAAUGAAGAGAAUCACUUCAUCUUUUUUAUACAUGUAUUGUUGUAAAAUAAGUUUUUUUUUGCUAAUAUCAUACUGCGUACAACGAUUCUGUA